AUGUCUCUGGCGGCCGUGGACGACGAGCAGCAAGCGCGACUAUGCGGACGUGCACGGGCCAAGGAGAUCUUCCAGCCGAUGCGGUGGAAGCGUAUUGGUACACUUCCAGACGAAGCUGCUAAGCUCUACGAGAGCGCUCGACGCUCUGCGACCCGCUGCUACAGUCUCCGAGCUGUGAAGCCUCUGCAAGCUUCAUUAGACGAGGUUGAGGCGGUUCUAACGGGACAAACAGCGCUCCUCGGGAGAGAUGACACACCUUCGCUAUUGGCGCGUCUACUACCGGCCACGUACGUGUCUGGUGGACGUGUCGCUCGCUACCCGACGCUCGAGCACUCGACAACCCAACAUCCUGGACAAGAGACUAAGAACGCAGUUCUUCUGGCGUCUGUGGACAACUAUGUGCUGCUGGGCUACACGCUGUCCACAAAACUGCAACGCUCGGAUACGAGUAAAAGGAAGACGUCCGAGUCGUCUACACCCAGAACAGCGAGCUCUCGCUCCAUCUUUCGCUGA